ACCUCCUUACAGAAGAGCUUGUUGGAUUCCAUUAUAAAAAUGGCAUUUAGAUUUAACUUUGGUUCCAAUGAUUCUGACAAUACCACUUCUGUUACUGAGAAAACUUCAGCAACACCUGUAGCUCUACAACAUGCAGAGGAAUAUACAGUGACUUUAAAGAGGGUUAAUCAAUGCAUUGAUGGUCCAGAUUUUGAGACUCUUCACUUACAAAAUGGUGAAACAAUUGCUUAUGUCAAUGAGACUGUGGCCACAAAAAAAGCAGAGAGUUCUCUUGUUGAUAAAACAGAUACUGAGAACACUGAUUUGAUUCCCAAUGUUUAUGAAGGUGGUUUCAAAGUCUGGGAAUGCUCUUUGGAUUUAGCUGAGUAUCUUAGUGAACUUGGAAAUAAUGCAGUCUCAAAUAAGCGAAUUCUUGAGUUAGGAUGUGGGGCAGGACUCUCAGGACUGUACGCCUACAAGAAUAAGGCGUAUGUAGACUUUCAGGAUUAUAACAAAGAGGUUCUGGAUGUGAUAACUGUCCCAAAUAUUAUUAUUAACACUGCUGAUGAAAAUGAAACUGAUAUUAGAGAAACAAUUAACAAAACUUGUAAACUAUACUCGGGUGAUUGGGAAAGUGUAACUGAUCUCCUACUAAAGGAAAUCAACGAUACAAAUAUGUCUACUGACAAAUAUGACAUCAUCCUGACCUCAGAGACAAUCUACAGCAUUGAGUCACAACCAAAAUUACAUAGGGCUCUACAAAGCUUACUUCAACCAGAUGGGGUUGUGUACCUAGCUGCCAAGAGCUAUUACUUUGGCGUUGGUGGUAGUGUUGGGCAAUUCAAGGAGUAUGUCAGAGAGGCAGGGGUGUUUGAUGUUGAGACAGUUAAAUGCAUACCGUCAAGUGUGCCAAGGGAGAUAUUGAAGAUGACAUUUACUGACAAGCAAGAAAGUCCAAAUGAUGAUGUUGACAAAGACAAUCUGCAGGUUUUCACUAAUUUGGAACAGUUAUCUAAGACAGUGUGGCGGGUAGUAGAGGAUGAUCCAUACAAGGAAUAUCCUUUCCUGUACAUCAUACAAGGAUCAGAUAAAAUUGUCCUUGUGGACACUGGGGUCGGAACAGGGGACUAUAAAUCUUACCUAAGAACUCUGCCUCAGUUCACAAAUCUUCCAUUUUUGGUUAUAAACACUCACAAUCAUUUUGACCAUGUUGGUUCAAACCAUAGGUUUAGUUCAAAAGAUGGCAGCGCUAGUGAUUGUAUUGCUAUAUGUAUGAGUGACCACAAUACAGAAUAUACUCUGGGAUACCUGAGUAAAGAUACAUCCCUUGCUCUUGCUGUCAAAUCCAACCUCAAGGAAUUUACUGUGACAAAAUGGCUUAAAGAUGGUGAUGUCAUAUACCUAGAUGACACCAACAAGGACAAUGUUAAUGCAUUACAUGUUAUACAUGUUCCUGGCCACACACCAGACUCCUUGGCCCUGAACUAUCCCAAAGACAAUAGAGUCUUUGUUGGAGACUUACUGUACCCUUAUGCUAACAUUUUGCUUCAUUUUCCUACUUCCAAUUUUGUUUCAUAUAGUGACUCUAUCAGUAUACUGAGGCAAUAUCUACAAGCCCAUUAUGGUGAAUUGAAAAAUAUUAAGUUGUCUUGUGGCCAUAUUGAAGCCAAUCUGGAAGCUGAGCAACUUUGCAAUCUUGAACAACUUAUUGUAGAUGUUAAACAGGGAAAAGUAGAAGGUGAACCAUUGAAAUGGCUUAAUGAUAAUAUUCUGGAGUACAGGGGGGAAAUGUUCUCAUUAUCAUUGAAACAUAAGUACAAUGUGGACUAAGUCCAUGACUGCUGUUAUAUCAUCUCAGUAAUCUGGACCCUGAUAACAUGGACAUUGCUGCCUAAGCUAAAGUAAUAAAUUAAAUGUUUAAAAACAAAUUAACAUCACUUUUGUUUAGUGGAAGGUUGAAACUUUUCUUAUGUUCUCAAAAGGCUGAUAUAUGUGAUUAUGUAAAAUAAAACUUAUGCUUAUCUAUCAUUCUUCAAGUUUGUCUUCCAUUUUCCAUAUAUGUCAUAUUUUGAUACAUACCUUAUUUUCCUUGGCAUCUGAAUAAAGAAGGGCUUUAUCUGCACAUUUUAUAUUGAAUAUUGUAGUUUACUGGUGGCC